AUGUUUGGCCCAGACCAGAUAGCGGCCCAGGACGACCUCUGGUCAGCGCUUCUUGAAUUGCCAGCCCUUCGGCCAAUUGACUAUGGGUCGGCAGCCAAUGUCAUCCUCACCAUCAAUACCUCACAAAUUGCGGUUGGCUUCCACCUCUGUCAAUGCGCACUCAAUAAUCCGCGGGUUCGGUACUAUGCCCAAUUUGGCUCUAUUACCCUUAACGACCAUGAAUCGCAAUUCUCCCAACCCAAGCUCAAACUUUACGGCCUCUUCCGUGCCCUCCAAUCACUCAAAAUGUAUCUCAUUGGCGUUCAGAACCUGAUACUCGAAGUAGAUGCACAUUAUAUCAAGGACGACUUUGAUGACUGGAUCGACAAUCUCUACGGCUUCCUCCAUCAGAUCAACAACACAUUCCCCACCUCCAACUCAACCUCGACAACCACCAUCUUUACCUCCUCACUCAUAGGCGACCUCCCAACUGAGGCUGACUCCGACGAUGAAGGCCCGACCGUCGACUAUUCAGAUAUCCCAAGUUCGCAGAAAGCUUUGGAAGCCGAGGAACGCCUAUGGUUGGUCCGUGACUGGCACCAAACAUUGGUUCGGCCCCCUUCUCUCUCCAACUCCGAAUAUGCCACCUUCCUACAAUAUUGCACUGAGUUCUUUAUCGCAGCCAACAAGCUAUGGAGAAAAGACUCGCACGGUUGA